UUUUGUGUACGACAUGACCAAUGACUAAACACUAAUGAACGUUAAUCCGUUUUUCGUUCUGAAAAAUCGUCAUUUAUAUGCGCUUUGUUUACGCGAAAGGAUGUCAUUAAGCCGCGACCACAUCUUUGACCAAUCAAAAGUCAGGAUUGACCCCCUGCGUUUGUACUGUGGAAUGAAGGCUCUGGCUCUUGCUCUUGCUCUGGCUCGUAGCGAAAAAGCGAUUACUACAUUAAUGCAGGUUAACAACAGUAUCGUCGUGAGCAUUCAGAGCGGUUAUUUGUCGAGCUUUCACCAAAACCAAGUCAGCGAAAAGCUCCAUUAGCAAGAGGAAAGUGUGGGCUAGUUUGCUAAUGGCAAUGCUAUAGUAGCUCAUCUGGCUCAUCUCUAGUUUUUCAUUUCAGAGUGAUUAAGAAAUACUGUCGCAGCGAGACUCCAGAAGAUGACCGUUUCCUUUUAUAUAACAUUAAUAUAUCACAGCGAUAAAUAAUAAUAUAGGUUUCCUCUUCGUUUGUAUGCACAACAGAAGAAUUCGCUAUGAACUCGAAGCGCAACAACGGUGAAAGCGGGGCGGGCAGAAUCAACCCAGUGUCGGUACCAACAGCAACAAACAGCUCAUCAGCGAGUGCUUCUCACCGUAAACAAACUAUAAUCAACUCAUCCCAUAAGGGAGAGAAGGAUGAGUGCAUGCAAAACACAGUCCGGGACAAAAACCUGUCCAUCUCCACACUCAGAACGCGCCUCGGACCGACCAUCCGGUCCACUCUGUCCGCGGCGGUGGACACCCUUCUGGGCGAGAUCGUGGCGGUGCUGUCCGAAACCCAGCGGGAGCUGAUGACCAAAGAGCAAGAGAACGAGAAGCUUAAGGUUCGACUCGAAGUCUCAGAGAGAGAGCUCAAGACGUUACAGGAGUGUCUGUGUAGCGCACAGAAAUUAAUCGACCAGCUUCAGGGUCCCUUUGGGAACCCGCCCAUGCCGGGUCCUCACAUCUACGCCACGGCUGGACCCGUAAACUCGAGCCGCUUGACUCAUCGGAGUGCGCCCGAGCCCGAUCCGCGCUGCUUUACCGGAGCUGAACCCGAGUUGAGUGGCGCUCUGGGUGAUGCCAUACACGGCUUUGACUCCAGGGAGGAAUUCAAGAGCUGCCACCUCUCCAUUCAGGCGGAUGGGACGGUGACGAACAGCUUUUAUGACCCUAUAAACGUCCAUUCCUCUAACAUCUGUUCAGAAAUGAACCGACCUGGUGAGAUGGUGGAUGACAGCAGAAGACUCGCACACGCCAGACCCCAAAACCCUCCCUCACACACUGGCUUCUCUGUUAAAGAGGAGCAGGUUCCUACCUCUGGACAGGUGUGUGUGCGGGGAAGAGAGGCAUCCACAGAGGCUGAGCACUCGGCACAGAGUGUGUGUGAUCUGGCAUACGUCCACGUGGUUGAGGAAGAAGGAGGGCCGCGUUCACACCAUCACCAAUCCAAGCCUACACCACCGCCCCUGUCCAGGCCUCACAAUGGACCCUCUUCCAGUAGUUCACCAUCACAAGGAACCUCUGGACUUAGGUCAGCCCAGAGGGAUGCUCCUGGUUUGGGUAUGAGCACAAGCAGGAGCCCAGGGGUGGGCGGCUCAUCGCCAGAAGAGCCCAUACGGCGCUCCAUCUCUGAGCUGAUGGGAGAGGCACCUGGGGAACGUCCUCACUUGUGUCUGGAGUGUGGCAAGACUUUCCGUCUGAUCUCUAGUUUGAAAAAGCACCUGAGGAUCCACACGGGAGAGAAACCGUAUCCGUGCACCGUCUGUGGCCGCCGUUUCCGCGAGUCCGGGGCCCUUAAGACUCACCUUCGCAUCCACACGGGUGAGAAACCAUAUUCCUGCUCUGACUGCGGAACGCAAUUUCGUCAUCUCGAUGGCCUGCGAAAGCACCGCCGCACACACACUGGUGAAAAACCAUAUGUGUGCACCAUCUGCGGGAAAAGGCUCAGCCGUCUGCAGCAUCUGAAACACCACCAGCGCAUACACACGGGAGAGCGGCCAUGUUGCUGCCCACUUUGCCACAGAGGCUUUAAAGAUCCAGCUAGUCUGAGGAAGCACCUCCGUGCCCAUCAGGGUGAGCCUGGAGCAGAUGAAGCAAUUGGAAUGGCUGGUUUGGGAGAGGGAGAUGGAGGAUCCAUAGAUGAUGAGGAUAUGAGGUUCGGGAUGUGGGGGGAAGAGGAAGGGAAUGAAGGCGAGCCUGUGGUAGACUGUGUUUAGUCACAGAGUUACAAAUAAAGAAAAUAAACAUUUUAGUCUUUUCAUGAAAAAAUAAACAAAACUGACUGGGUAAACUGGAUAGUUCACCUAAAAAUGAAAAUUCUGUCGUCAUUUACUCACCCUCAAAAUUUUCCAAAGCUGUACGAGUAUCUUUCUUCUGUUAGACACAAGAUAAUAUUUUGAAGAAUGUGGGGGAAAAAAACAGUUUCUGGAAGCCACAGACUUCCAUAGCAUGGAAAAAAAUACUGCUUGGUUACCAACAUUGUUUUGUGUUCAGCAGAACAAGGAAACUCAUACAGGUAUGGAAUAACUUGAGGGUGAAUAAUGAUUACAAGAAUUUUAAUUUUUGCGUGAACUAUCGCAACAUUUUGUUUUUAAGAGAGAGCUUUUUUUUAUUUUAUUUUUUUUUAUUCAAAACCGAAAUGGGGCGAUGACUAUACAACAAAGGUUACAUCUUGUCCUGGACUUACAAAAAAACAAUGUAUGUGGCAACACUUUCUUGUAGAGACCGACUUUAAAACCUAUAACAACAAGCUCGUUAUUUAACAAUAUGGUUAUGUAAAAUUAUCAUGAUGACUCAAAUAUCCACUUACUUCAAGUACAUGUUAUAUCUCAUGACAUCUCAGAUGUCACAUUAUAUAGACCAGGACAUGCAGACCUUUUUUUUUUUUUUUUGUCUCUGUGUACUGUAUUUUAGUGUAGGGGCUGUUGACGCUCCAGUGGGACUAACAGGGUAUCAUGUCUGUUACUCACAUGUUAUGGGUGUUGUCAUUGGUGUGAUAAUCAUUUUAAUGUGCCCUCUUAGAGAAAGAGCUACUAUGAACACAUUAAAGCCUUAACUGUGGUUUUAUCGCACAGGCUCACACACAGAUGUGCAUCAAUAGCUGUAGUAUUGUUUUAAAUUGGGUUCUUCACCUUUUUAUCGGUGGGUGU